AAAAUGGCCGCGGGCGCCUCCGUCCAUCCCUGAGGCGGGACCAGCGCUGAGGGCGCGGGACGCGGAGGCGGCCGAGGAUCUUUAGAAGGCGGCUGGAGGCCGGGCAGUGAGGUUUGAUGAGUGACACUGGGCUGCUGGGGGUUGCUGUUGAAGAUGUACAUGUUGGUUGAAAAACGCACAAAUUCCCAUCUGCACCUGAAGAGGUCACCUGGCAUCCGCUCCUGGUCUCUCUGUGUUGGAAUAGCCUCCAUAGGUUUGGCUGCUGCUUAUUAUAGUGCAGACAGCUUGGCAUGGAAGCUCUUCUACAUGGCUGGGUGUUUCUUUGUGGCAGCCCAGAAUCUGGAGCAGUGGGAGGAAGCUGUAUUUGAUAAAAACAAGGGAACAAUCUGCCUAAAAACAUUCAACCUCUACAAAAAAAUCCUGACCUUGUCAAAAGGAGGCAAUGAACAAGUGGUGGCCGUGCUGAGCGAGAUCCGCGAUGUGAACGUGGAGGAGGAGGCCGUGCGCUAUUUCGGGAAGGGCCACCUGGUGGUGCUGCGCUUCGUCACCGGCUUCUCACACCCGCUCACCCAGAGCGCCGUGCUGGGCUGCAGAAGUGAUGUGGAAGCAGUUGCCAAACUCAUCACGAGUUUUCUGGAACUGGACAGAGUGGAGACCCCACAAGAUUUCUCCCAGAGCAGCGAAACAGAGGCAAGUGAUGCAGAUGAGCCACAGGUUAAAUACUGAUAGUCAUUGUGAACUGAAGCAAGCAGAGGCUUUCACACAUCUGGAAAAUAUUCUGGUUGUUCUUCAGAACAAGAAACCCCUCACAACCUUGAUCUGGGCAUUUCUCAACGUGUGCAUUUACAAUGGAUGGAAUCUGUCUUAGGGCCCAUUGUUUAGUGCUAAACUGCUUCAAGACCCUGCAUGUGGACACUGCUGGCUUUUGAACUUCUGUCACCUCAUCAAACUUGUCUAGGAAUAGUUAUUUAUUAAUGAAUUGGUUUGAAAUAAUUGCUUUUCCACUAAUGAAGAUGCAGAUGUGAGCUUCUGCUUACUGCAAACAUUUGCUGCAGGUACAGUAGAUGCAAUGUAGAAGAGUUGAAUUUGUAACUCAAUACACAAUGCUUUGAGGUUUCCCCUUUAAUAUAUGCAAUUAGGAGAUGCAGAGUAGUGGCACUUUUAUGUUCUCUACUACUGACUUGCCACUGGAUAUCUGUGGAAAUUAAAGUCUGAGUGCCUCUCUUGGAAUUUUAAACAUCAGGAUAAUCAACUUGUAACAGUGUCUUAACUUAUCUCAGACUCACCAAGGAGCCAUAAAUAGCAAAGGAAAAAGGAUCAUGAUGAAAGUCUUUGGGAUGUUCUACCUUAAUCCUGUUCUGCUUCACUUGUGGGCAGGACAGAACAAUCUUUUUCUAGACCUCAAUGUUUACUAUUUAAACUGUGUAUUUAGAAAGGAAGCAGGGACAUGUGUAACUUUAGGUAGGGAAAGGGCUGAUGUCAAACAAGGUGGUAGCUUAGAGUUGAUGAGUAUUUCCUCACUUGAAAUGAUACCCAAGUGCUAAAUAAUAACUUUUUUAAAGGUAGGUAGCACAGACUAAAUGUCUGUGUUUUACUCAAGCUGUGUGGUGUCCUCUGUUCUGACCAAUGGUUUCACAAAUAGUUCAAAUAUGCAUUUUUUCAAGGUAUUUCUGAAGUAAAAGCUACCUCUGUUAGUCAACAUAUUCUGUCUAGAGCUAGAACUGCUUCAUGCUUACAUUAACAUGUCAGUACAAGAAAAAAUUGUAAAAAGCUGUGAGUUCCUUCAGCAUGCUACAGCUGCUUGUACUGAAGUUCACUGGGUUUUACUUAGGAAUCUUAUGGUCUUUGGACCUGAUUUAGAAAAUCUGUGCACAGUUACAUCUAGGAGAUGUGAACAGGUACGAGGUAACUGUGUUCUGUGCUUUCACAGCUGGCCAGCAGCAAAUGUCUCCUGGCAGCAGUUCCUUCAGAUUUAAAAGAGCCUGUGUUCUUGUUCCCAAUCACUCUACCUCUACAGAGAGAAGGCUCUGGAAAGCUUUUGGUGGAAGGCACAUCCUGUUGUCAGUUCAGUUUGGUGUGAAGCUGAGCACCUGCUCAUCAAAGGUUUCCCUUCCAGCUGCCAGACCCAGGUGUGAGCAGAGGCUGGGGGCUCACACUGCAGCAGGGCUGCUGGCUGUUGGUGUAGCUGCCUGCAGCACAGAACCAGGUCUGUUUCCUAUAAAUACGAUAAAAAACUCGUAAUCAUGUCAGGUAUCAGUACAUAGCUCUGCCAAUACAUGUUCCUGAAAGUCCUCUGAGUUGUUGGGGUGAUCGUGGGGCUUUUGGUGCCCACCCCACACCACUGGAGCUGGGAAGCUGCUGUAUAUGAAUGUGGGAAAAUCGGGUUGCAAUUAGCUAAAUUUGCCUUUAUUCUCCAGCACAGCUGUAGGCUAAGCAUAAUCAUCAAACCUGUUUAAAAAAUACUGCAGGGUGUAACCCUUAAUGUAGAGUUCCUCAUUUAAAUCCACUGUAAUGUACACCCCAGGUGAUGCUCAUUUUAGAGAGAGGAGGAUGAGAUUGGGGAUUUAGAGAACUCUUUUUCCCCACAGUGUAAAAUGAGAAUAGUGAGUGUUCUGAGGACUUCAGCAGGAAGUUCUGUGCUGUAUGUCAUGGUGCAGUGUAAGCACAAGGGCUCAGCCUGUGCCAGCUGCUGCUCUGUAUCAGGGAUAUUCAGAGGGCAUUGUGCUGUGCCCUGCACUUACCCUGAGCCCGUGGAGUGGGCCAUGGAUAGCCCAGACCAAACUGCCUUCAGCCUCAGCUCUGCUGGCUUUCAUUUGGAUUCCCAGGACAGCUGACAUUCCAUGCAAGAUGUAAACCACACUGUAGAUCUCCAGUUAAAAAUCAGCUUUUGAGGGGUGCAUCUGUUGGUGUGACCCUGCACUGCAUCCUGUGUGUGUCCUGCUGAGCUGCAGUGCCUCCAGCUUGCUGUGCAUUCAUGGUUUCAUGCCUGCACUGACAGACUGUGCAGUAUCUGAGACAAAGACUAAAACAAUGCCAGGACAUUGAGAAUAUAGGAAGGGGAUGACCUGUAGUGAGGUACAAUGUAACUUGAAAUGCAUCCUGUGGAGUAAUCUGUAUGUUGGGUUGGUGUCAGUGGUCACCUCUGCAGAGGUGUUCUGCAGCAUCCUCCUCACUCCUCAUUGCCCUGCUGUGUUAGGCAGGGCAGGGAUGGCUGCACCAUGCACUGUGUGUCUAGGAGGAAUAUUGACUCCUCAGCCUUUCCCUUGGAGCAGCUGGUGCCAUUUCCAUUUUGCAUUUGGCAGCUGUCACUGUACCAACAAGUCCAGUUCCAGUGGGGAUCUGUGUUCUGCAGCCUGAGCUGGCAGGAUGGGCCCUGGGGAUGUUCUCAGGUUUGUGUUCUGCAGGAUCACCCUGGGGAUGUUCUCAGAGCUGUGUGCUGCAGGAUCACCCUGGGGAUGUUCUCAGGGCUGUGUGCUGCAGGAUGGGCCCUGGGGAUGUUCUCAGGGCUGUGUUCUGCAGGAUCACCCUGGGGAUGUUCUCAGGGCUGUGUGCUGCAGGAUCACCCUGGGGAUGUUCUCAGGGCUGUGUGCUGCAGGAUCACCCUGGGGAUGUUCUCAGAGCUGUGUGCUGCAGGAUCACCCUGGGGAUGUUCUCAGGGCUGUGUUCUGCAGGAUCACCCUGGGGAUGUUCUGGCAGGCUGGGGGGCUCCUGUGGGGACGUGUCAGGCACUGCUGGCAGAUCCACCCAGGAGCUCCUGUGGCACUGAUCCAUCUGAGCCUGGCAGGGGACACUGCCCCAGUGGUAGCACAGGCUGAUGGAGGCUGAUGGGCUUUUCUCUUGUUUCUCUUGAUCCACAUGUGGAGCUUCUUGCCCUCUAAUACCAUCUCUAGCUGGAAGACCUGGCCAUUUGAGUGCAGUGACUGUGCAUGGACAAUGCACCUGCAGUUGCUGUUGCUGUGUUUGGCUGUGGCAGUGUCUGUGCCCUCAGCAGUGGCAGCACCCUGAGGAGCUGUGGGAAGCAGGUGCAGCUCAGCACAGGGUCCCCUCUUCCCUCUCUGCACAAAUCCUUUCUCCUUCUCCUUUUGUGCCACUUCCCAGCAUUCUGCUGAAGGAUUUCCUGGUUUUGCUCCCUCCUCAGUACACAGAGCCUGGCAUGUGCCUGCUGUGAAGUGACCUGGACCCAAAGUGCUGACAUGAAAGAUCAUUUUGGGUAGGAAAUUCAGUACUCCCAGGAGACUUUGUACAGAUUUACUCAUGAACUUCUGCAUCUCAGGCUGUCUCUAGAGAGCUGUGCAUGACUUAGCCAUGAUUUAAAAAGCUGCACAGCAGAGCUCAGAUCAGCUCUAACACCUAAACCAAGCCCUUUGUCACCUCCUUCCCUGCAGCUGUCACUUAGGGCAGCACAGGGCAGCUCCUUGCAUGGCUGGGCUGUGGCUGCUGCACUGCUCUGUGUAACCUUGGUGUAACCUCGGUGUAACCUCGGUGUAACCUCACAUUCCAGUACUUGACAAUGAAAUAUUCCAUACCUGGCAUUAAUUGUGCAAGCCUCAAAGAAAAUCCAAAUAUUUCUAGUUGAGAUCUGAUUUUUGGAGCUGUAUUUAUGAAGUUACACAGGUACCAAAACCUCAGCUGGCUCCCAUAAUAAAUAAAAAGUGCUAGUUCUGACAGUGUCAUAGAUGGCUGGGAGGCAAAAAUACUUCUGGAAAAUGUUUAGAAAUUGCCUUUUUUUUUUUUUUGUUUACUUUAAAAUCGCAAGUAGAAUUUCAGCAAGGCCUUGUUGUGUUGUCUUUUUUAAAAAAAUGUUCAUUGAUAAAAUCAACUUUGAUAACUUGUUUUGCAUCGCUGUAGUGUUUUGUAUAUUGUUUUUAAUUAAAAUUAUUAAAAUAUUAAUGGCUGUCUAAAUUAUUAUUGGGAAGGAGUUAAUGAGGGGGAGGACAGAAUAGAAGAAGCCCAAAUACCUGCUUAGAAGUGACCCUGCUGACACUCCUGCAGCAGUCCAGCUUUUAAUUCCAUUUUCUAUUAUUCCAUAUAAUAGAGAUUGAUAGAUCCAACUCUCUAUUGUGAAUAUUUCCAUUUUCUCUCCUUUAAACCAAACCAACAUGCUGCACACACAAAAAGCAACACCCUUCCACAAAACACUUUGAGUAUGAAAGGUUUUAUUCAAGUAAAAUAAAUUAAGAUCUUGUUUGGUUCAAGCUUUGUGACAGGUAUACACAGCAAUUAGUUUUUUUUUUAAUAAAGAUUUGCAUGUGGGCCUGGUUCCUGAGGCUCUCAUUGAGUCACCUGAACCUUGUCUUAUGCUGUAGCUUUACUUUUUGUAUGUUAAAAUUUGUUCCAAGAAAAUUUCAAUACUAGUGCUCCCAAAAAAAAA